AUGAUAAUGACGGAUGAAAGUAAAAAUGAUGGUCGUGAAGAGGAACUUUUACGAAAAAAAUUGGCUAACGCGGAAGAACGUUUGGCUCGAUUAGAACGUUAUAAUGAAGAACUACGUGGUGAACUACGGUUGAUGACCGAAAAAUUUCUGCUAUCCAAACAAUUGGAUCAACAACAAAUAUCUAGCGAACUGAAACCGGAAUCUCGAGUGGAAAGAAAUCAAAUUAUAAAAAAAGAAGAAUUAGAACAGAUUAAAGCGCUUUCGGCUGAAUUCUCCGAUUAUUACUUUGAUUCAAAAUCAAACACUUACUUUAGUCGUUCAACUGGAUGGUACUACUAUCCAGAUAGCGAAACAUUCUACAAUCCUGGCGAUAAGCGUUAUUACAAAUAUGAUCAAUCGAACAAACUAUACACUUUUGUUUGUAAUCUAGACGGUACCACGACCAUCACUUCCGAUGAAUGCAAAAAGAAAAAAUUGAAAUUUGGCGACGAUAAUGAGAUGGAAGAUGGAGAAAUCCAGGACGAUGAUUGUAUGGACCUAAGUUCUGAUUCGCAAGAGGAUAAUACCUUAUGUGAACAUAAUCAACAAGCUGUACAAAUUAAAUCGAAGCCGAAAUCGUCAGUACGCGAUAAAAAGGAAUCAACUGAAGACGAGCAUCGUCAUCAAUCAAACUAUCUGUUUUCAUCACUUCCUAAACAUUUCAAUAAUACGGCACCAUGUCGUUUGGUGGUCAAACAAUCCGAAUCGCUGGAAAAUAACUCAAUUCUUUUGAUCAGUUGUAUGGGGGGUAAAAUUGGUCAACAUUCCAAUUGUACGGUCACUAUACCUGACAAGACCAUUUCACAGAUUCAUGCUGAAAUAAAUUAUGAUCUUUCACGACGAAUCUAUAUGAUUCAAGAUUUACUAUCAAAAAAUGGAACAUUCGUUAAUGGAAAACGAUUGGGUCAACUCGAGCGAACUCCCUUGUGUCAUGGUGAUGAAAUCGGUUUGGCCAAUUGCUGUCAGCUCGUUGCUCAUAUACAUUCAAAUCGGGACGGCGAUUGUGAAGAGUGUGACGGUAGUGCAAAUCUACAACAGAAAGAGGACACUGGAAUCUAUUCCAAUUAUCAAGCAAAAUCUAGCCGAUCAGCCAUGAAAAUCUUGAAAAGAAAAUAUGGUCUGGAGAAUGGGAUGGUAGAGAAUGAAAACAAUGAUGGUCAAGACAGACGAUCACAGUACCGUGAUCGUGCUAAUGAACGACAGCAAACCGUGGGCAGUGAUUGUCCAUACGAAAAGACAGCAGCUGGUUCAGCAUUGGAUCUGCCAUUGAAUGACCGGAACAAAGGAUAUCAGAUGCUUGAACGUAUGGGUUGGAAAACGGGACAAACAUUGGGCAAAAAAAGCAAAUCGAACGACAGCGCAAAAAAAUUAAUCGAACCAAUUGAAAUGGCCGAUGAUCAUUACACGACCGAACGGCGUGGUCUCGGUUAUGGAUGUUGAUCAUUAAUUUUUAUUUGAAUUUGUUUGAAAAUAUUUUAAGUUUUUUUUCCUUCAUCGAAUGUUCACUAUCAAAUUCGGAUGAUGUAAAUGUUAUGUUUCGUUGACUUUGAUUAUUGCAAUGAAUAAUAGGUUUGACUUGCUGUGAAUUAUUGGUCACUGUCUCAUGCCAA